AUGGGAUAUUCGAUUUCAGUUGUCAGAGUUCAUAAUGUCAAGAAUAAAAGUAGAUGUGAUUUGAAUUUAUUAGGAAUUUGUGAAAAUAUUUUCAAAUGUGUUUUCUCCAUAUGUUUUCUUCGAUACAGUAUCCACCAAUCAAGUGAGCCUCCGCCUUUUUUUCUAUUUCUUUUUCUAAAUAAGGAACGCUCUCAAAAAUAAACGAUGUUUUUCUUAUGAAAACACGCAUAGAUUUUUGUAUUUUCUUCAUCGCUGAUCAAAAUUGAAAUUGGAAAAUUUUUAAGAUGAGCAAGACAAUUGGAAUAAAAUCAUAUCAGUAAACUUGGAAAUUUUCAAAAUUUAAGGGAAAAAUUUUGAAAGAUUGAGAGAAUAUAAGAAAAGAAAAACAAUAUGGCAAGUGAGCAGUGAUAGCUGAAUAAAAAACGUAUUUUCGAAUAGGGGAAUGGGCCGCGGGGAAGAGAAAACAUAGAGAAAAAGAGAGAGAGCACAAGAGAAACAGAGAAAAACAGUUCUUUCUCGUAGUGUUGUAUGAUCAUGGAUGAGUGUUUGUUGUUUUUUUUUUUGUUAGAAAAUGUUGAUUCAUUAUUUUUUAAAUAUGUUUCUUGUUUUUCAUUUCUUGUUUUACACCAAAAUUAUUAAAAGAUAAUCAAUGAUAAAUUUCAGGCAACUCUUCUCGCAGUUCCUAUGAAAACAGCAACAUUUUCGAAACUGUUUUCAAGUAUGAAAACACCAAUGGAAGAACUCAUCGCAAAUGGCUAUCCAUAUUUUGACAAUCGCAGAACAAGAAUGGCGACAAUUGAGAAGACCAACUAUGAUGUGUUGAAGAAUUGGACCAAUAACGAUGAUAAAAUUCGGACCUGCAGCUGA